GAUCGAUCAUAUUGGAGUCCACACCUUGUUUGUGUCUUGUUGUGCAUCUCCUCUUCGUUGCUGUUUUUCCCGCUCAUGCAGCCGCUGACGCUUCCGUCUUCUCCCUCCACUCAUCAUCCUUAGCGAGUCAAGUCCAUGGCCAGGUUCCCCCAGGUCCCCCAAAGCCGGUGCCAGCCUCAUCGUAAAACUGCGCCUCUCUUGCCUCAGCUCAUCAUCACCUCACUCAACUUUGACAACAAACUCAUCCUAUUUUUCUAGUCCCUCUACAUUCUUUCCAGCUUCCAACUAGUUGAUUCUGGAUCGCAUCUCCUUCGUCCGUUUGGUCGAAAAGUUUGGACACCCAGACUUUCAUCCACCUUUUCGUCAGAUCCAGACAUGCGAUAAACCAUAACUUUAAGUCUCACAAUAACAACGAUGAACGUCGACGACAUUUCAGAGCUAUCGUCUCCUUUGAGCUCUAUACCAAGCUCCCCUCUCAGCUCUCCUCCAAGUUCCCCGACGAUACCACCCGGCUUCCAGGUUGUCACCCCCCCACCUUCGCAACAUGCCGGCGACGAUAUGCCCCCUGCUCGCAAACGUCGAAAGAUCGAACCAAGGAUUCGGACUACGCAGCAUCUUGACCUGAUUUCAGACGCUGCGCAGUCUGAUUAUGACCGCACAGAGGCGUUGGAUACGCUGCUAAAAGCUCUUCGAGGCAGAAAGAAGAUUGUUGUGAUUGCAGGGGCCGGCAUAUCUGUCUCAGCGGGAAUACCUGACUUUAGAUCCUCCCAAGGCUUGUUCAACAGUCUGAAAGGCGAGCACAAACUCAAAAGCUCUGGAAAAAUGCUUUUUGAUGCUUCAGUCUACAAGGAUGACCAUUCCACCUCGAGUUUUCAUGACAUGGUACGGAAGCUGGCCAGAAUGUCGGAGAACGCCAAGCCGACAGCUUUUCAUCGCUUUCUGGCGAGAUUGUCUGUGGAGGGCCGACUGUUGCGACUCUAUACACAGAAUGUAGACGGCCUGGAAGGCUCUCUUCCGCCCCUCACGACCCAAGUUCCGCUCAACCACAAGGCGCCAUGGCCACAGACCAUCCAACUACAUGGAGGACUUGAGAAAAUGAUGUGUCAAAAAUGCAGACACGUCUCUGAAUUCGAGGCGGGUCUGUUCGAUGGACCAACGCCUCCACUGUGCCCACAGUGUGUCGCCGCUGAUGCAUUACGGACAAAGCAUGCCGGGAAAAGGAGUCAUGGAGUUGGUAGAUUAAGGCCCAGGAUUGUUCUCUACAACGAACACAAUCCGGAUGACGAAGCGAUUGGUGCUGUGACCACGGCCGACUUUCGAACAAGACCUGAUGCAGUAAUUGUGGUGGGAACGAGCAUGAAAAUUCCAGCAGUGAGACGAAUCGUACACGAGAUGUGCCAGAUUGUUCGGGAUCGAAGAGAAGGCACGACGGUCUGGAUCAAUCGAGAUCCCGUUCCACCCGGUAAGGACCUCGAGAAUUUGUGGGACUUGGUAGUGAAGGGCGACAGCGACGAGGUUGCUCGUUUGGCAGGCUUGAGAGAAUGGAAUGACCCGAACAUGGAUUUGGUGGAAAAUCACACGACAGUCGAUCUCGAAGCCGCUCGAUCUACCCAAUCACAAAUAGAGGUUGUCGUUCCGACUACUCCGAAGAAGGGCGAAAGCAAACCCAAGGGGCAGAAGCGUUGCAAGAAACAGUCGCCUUCUGUUGUCAUUCAUACCGUUACGCCACCGCGCAGCCAGAAUGGCGACCGAGUGUCAAAUGCGUCCAAGGAGGAUCAGACUCCUUCGACUUCACCUGUGCGUAUCAAACUCAAAGUUGGAAAGCGCAGUGAACAGGCAGCGUCUACACAGGUGAAGAAUCCCGCCAGCUCGGGAAGAACCAUUGCGGAUGUUCUCGGCGGCAAAGAGAACCGGAAUAAGCAGUCUGGUAAACCGAAGACCUCGCUCAACCGGAAAAAGGUCACCAAAAUUCGUGCAUCGACAAGUUCGCGAGGUGCAAACACGCAACAACGUAUCGUCGGGAAAGUCACCAAGCCAAAAGUGUCUGUCGAGAUCACACAGCAGAAUAAAAAGGUCGCGCCUGAACCUUUGUCACCGAGACGGUACUCGAAUGAGACGGUUGUCCCUCCCCUAAAAUCAGAGUACUCGAGUGUGGAACCAAGUCCUGCUCCUGAAACACCGCCAUCCUACAGCAGCGAAUGGCGGAAUUGUGAAACAAUCUCUCCUUCCGGCAGGGUACCUUCUGAUAUGGUCCGGUUGUUGAACUAGACCAGCCCGACCGAGCUUCUCAGUUCCCUCUCUCAAGCAGCCGCACGCACACCAGUGCCAUAUGCCAAGUCGCCCACGCCAGUUUCAUACUGGCUAAUAGUGUGAACGGCGUGUUUGGUGUCGAAGUUCUAUCACAAUGAUGACGACGUACUAGUGUUAUGAUUUUUAUUUUUUCUUUUCCUCUUCUCCUCUUUUUUUCCCAAAGGCAGAGACGAACGGCCUACGGGUUUUCAACGGUCUUUGGCGAUGAAGCAUACACGGACGCAUUAUGAGGCCUGGGCAUCUACAGGUGGCCUUGGGAUAGCAGGAAGCCAGCUACGGUACAUUGACGGGAAUGUCCAUGCAUUUUCACGGUGGCCACUUUUUUGUUGUUACCCCAGAUGGGUUGAUUGUCAACGGGGCGAUUGCAUUCUUGCCUUUUGAAAGCAAGAGUCCAUCCGAGGUGCUUGGACCGGGGCGAAUAUUCAUACGGUCGGACUUUCUAGGGCGUAUAAAAGAAACAUAUGGACCUGCUACCUCUUCUAGGUGGAAUAUACAUACAGGAAACCUACGGAGUAACGGAUGGUUAACUUGGUCGUAAUACAGAGCUCGAGAGCAAUGGGUAUCUUGGAGAUGAGUUUCUGUAUCUGAUGAUGUACACAAGAACAACCUCAUCAGAGGCUUUUAGCAUUUCCAACUGAGCGGUUACUUGCUUGUUACUUUCUGACAUUGCGGAACGAAAAC